AUGGUCAAACAUACGACUUUCGUUGUAGCCUUUCUUGUGGUUUACAUCAACUCCUGGCUCCCCCAGGGCACAUCCUUUGUGUCAGUAUUAGCCUCACCAGCUACAGAAGAAGCACAAUCGAUCCUGUCUUCGCUGUCCGAGGCCAACAGUCAACAAGCUACAAAAGGCGUUUUCUACCCUAGUAAAGUCAGAGAAGAAAUAGAGCUUGCUCAAGCCCUGGAAGAUUACCUCCCAAGACCCGCUGACGACGAUGACGAUGAAGACCUGUACUACUCUGAUGGCGGAGAUGUAGAUAAACGCAGACUUCGGGCCAGUAAGCGACGACUUCGGGGCAGUAAAAGAUCCUUUAGAUACGAUAAAAGACGCCUGCGAUUCGUUAAAAGAAAUGAUUAUAGUUCCGACCAAGAUACUGGGCUGCUUCCAAGACUGCGCUUUCAUGCUGGACAGAGUUUAGAAAAGAAAUGA